AUGACCGCGACGGUCCCGCCGCUGGACCUGAACCGCGCGGAGGAGGCGCGCGGCGGCGGCGGCGGCUCGACGGCGGCGGGGAAGUCCCCCUCGCCGCACGCCGAGGCGACGAUAAUCCGCGACGACGACGAGGACGAUUCCGCCGAGGAGAGCUCGUCCCCGCGACCGCCGAGAGCGGUGUGCGUCAAGGCGUCCUCGAACGCGAUGCGCGGCACGCUCGUCGUGCGAUCGUCCGAGACGAUCGCGACGUCGAGGACGAGCAUCCCGGGCGAGACGCCGAGGGACGGAACCGGGAGGGGGAGGGAAGCAGAUCCGACGAAAGCGAAACGCCCCUCCGCGCGUCCGAAUGAUCCGAAUCCGAACCCCGUCCGCGCGCGACGCGAGAAAGCCGACGAGCUGAGCGCGUCGAAGCUCAAGCACGUCGCGCCGCUGCGCAAGCAGCGCCCGGACCCGCCGCCGUGGCACAACCCGUCCUCGAAGAAGUACUACUCCCUGGAACCGAAGCACGCGGACAAGAGGCGGCUCGCGGCGCACGCCGACGCGGGCUACGCGUCGUGCUGCUGCGCGCACGAGAGGGAAUCGACAGAGGCGAGCGCGAGGGCGCUCGUGGACGCGGAGAAGGCGAAGACGGAGGAGAUUCGCGCCGCGAUGGCGGCGCUGGAGCUGGAGCACGCGACCGCGGUCGCGACCGCGGAGCGGGCGCGACAGACGCGGAUCGCGAAAAAGGCGGCGGCGAAUAAAACGCGAAACGCGCUGACGCGGAGCCUUCGGCGUUGGCGCUACACCGCGGAGGAGCGCGUCCGCGAGCGGCGACUGACGACGCGCGCGGUGACGCACGAGUACUACCGCGUCGCGCGAAAACACUUGCACGAGUUCCGCGCGAGCGUCGCGACGCGAAGAAAAAUCCGGCACGGCGAGGCGCGGGCGGAGAAGCACUGGCGACGACGCGUCGUCGGGGCGCGCUACCGCGCGUGGUUUACGCUCGUCUCCGAGGACGCGUAUCAGUCCGCGGCGGCGGCGGCGUCGCACGCGACGAUCGUCGCGUCUCGAGUGACGCGCAAGUACUACACGCUCAAGGGCCGCGCGGACGCGUUGACACCCGCGUUUCGCGGGUGGCAUCAGUGCGUGCGGACGUACAAGGGCGCGAGGGCGGCUUUGGAGAGCGUCGGGGAGGGGAUCCGCAACGAAACGUUUUUCCUCGCCGCGGUUUUCUCGCGGUGGCGAGAGGGCUCCAUCGCGGUCCGCCGCGCGAAGGUGGCCGAGUCCGCGCGGUGCACCGUGCGCCUCGCGACCGAAGUCGCCGAGCGCGAGGCGUCGCACGAGCGCACCGUCGAGCGUAUGCUCGCGAGGGAGACGACGCGGAUGCGCGACGAGGUUCGGGUGCGUUCAAAUAAGCGCGCGUGA